AUGAACUGGAGAAGCGUUUUCUCUACCAGAAGUACUUGUCCCCCGCAGACCGGGACCAUAUUGCCCAGCAGCUGGGACUUAGCAAUGCCCAGGUGA